AUGGAUCCAAACGGCAACAUGUUGAGGUGGGAGGCAAUAAGAGUCGGGUCGUUGGGCGGCCUGGAGGAGCUGUUCGAAGCGUACGGAAGAGAGCACCCGUUCAUAGUAACCGAGCCCGGUGAGGUGGCUCGUGGAAAAAAGAACGGGCUCGAUUAUCUAUUCUAUCUCUACGAGCUUUGCCGUGACCUCUUGAUUCAAGUUCAAAAUAUUGCUAGGGAGAAAGGUGAAAAAUGCCCUACCAAGGUGACGAACGAGGUGUUUAGGUACGCGAAAUCAGUGGGGGCGAAUCACAUUAACAAGCCGAAAAUGCGACACUACGUGCACUGCUACGCACUGCACUGCCUUGAUCAGGCGACAUCUGACAAUCUACGCAGAGCAUUCAAAGAGAGGAGAGAGAAUGUGGGGGCUUGGCGACAGGCUUGCUACAUGCCCCUUGUGGCAAUAGCCGCCGCCAGGCAUGGAUGGGACAUUGACGCCCUCUUCAACACCCACUCACACCUCUCCAUUUGGUACGUCCCUACCAAGCUCCGCCAGCUCUGCCAUGCCGAGAGGAGCAAUGCCGCCUCAACCUCUGGAGACAACUUGCCGCCCUUUUAG